AGCGGAAGUCGGGCGGUUGAGGCCGGGCAGCUGGCGGUGGUAGGAGGGGCCCUGAGGUGCGAUGCCCGGAGUCGCAGUCUGAGGAAGGGAAAUCUGGCACUGAUCAAGAUGGCCUAAUAUGAAGGAGUCAGGCCUGCCACGCCUCCCAGCUGCCCGGUGGCUGCCUUGUCCUUCGAGCACUGGAGGCGACUGCAGUGUCGGGAAUGGAAGCCAAUGUGACUAUCCCAAUCUGGCAAAAUAAGCCACAUGGAGCUGCUCGAAGUGUGGUGAGGAGAAUUGGGACCAACCUACCCCUGAAGCCAUGUCCCCGGGCGGCCUUCGAGACCUUGCCCAACAUCUCUGAUCUGUGUCUGAGAGAUGUGCCCCCCGUCCCUACCCUGGCUGACAUUGCCUGGAUUGCAGCAGAUGAAGAGGAGACGUAUGCCCGGGUCAGGAGUGAUACACGCCCCUUGAGGCACACAUGGAAACCCAGCCCUCUGAUGGUCAUACAGCGUAAUGCCUCCGUGCCCAACCUCCGAGGGUCUGAGGAAAGGCUCCUGGCCCUGAAGAAGCCAGCCCUGCCUGCCCUCAGCCGCUCCACCGAGCUGCAGGACGAGCUGAGCCACCUGCGCAGCCAGAUUGCCAAGAUAGUAGCAGCAGAUUCAGCUUCGGCUUCUUUAACACCGGAUUUCUUAUCUCCCGGAAGUUCAAAUGUCACUUCCCCCUUGCCUUGUUUUGGAUCCUCAUUCCACUCUACGACUUCCUUUGUCAUCAGUGACAUCACUGAGGAGAGUGAGGUAGAGGCCCCUGAGCUCCCAUCAGUCCCCCUGCCUGGUUCUGCCAGCCCUGAAUAUUGUAAACCAGAACACAAAGCAACCUGCAGCUCCUCCGAAGAGGAUGACUGCAUCUCUCUGUCCAAGGCCAGCAGCUUUGCAGACAUGAUGGGUAUCCUGAAGGAUUUUCACCGAAUAAAACAGAGCCAAGAUCUGAACCGGAGUGUAAUGAAGGAGGAAGACCCUGCUGUGCUUAUCUCUGAGGUCCUGAGGAGGAAGUUUGCUCUGAAGGAAGAAGACAUCAGCAGAAAAGGAAACUGACAUGGCUCGGCUCUGCAGACUGUCUCACGCUCCUGGAUUCCUUCAGUAGCUGCCUUGCUCACCACAGGACUCUGCGUCUGAAGUAGCAAUCUUGACAGUGUUUGACAGGCUGGAACUUGGACUGAAGAGCAGAGCUAGCUGACAUGUCUCCCGUCCCUCAAGCCUUCGCAGGAGCUGAGGCCUGGGCUCUGUACUGGGACAUGUUAGAGGUGAUUGUGUAAGUUGGAGUCUCAGCUUCAAGGUAGAAGUUUGUUUUUUCCUUGCGCUGUGUGAAAAUAGGUCCUAAAUGACUUACUACACUGCAUCAGACCCCAUAACUGGUCUCACAGGACACUUUGUGCCCAGCUGUCACUCUCUCAGCUGCUUGCUUGCAGUAGAGCAGGUCUGAAGGGAAGGCUGUCACUGUUUCUGUACAGACUGGCACAGGACAGGGAGAUCUUAAUGCUGCUGCAUCAGAAACCUAUACCAGUACUCAGCAAUCACCUUUCCCUGUCUAGAUGUAGAGGUCAGGCCAUGGGCCAGCUAGCACUGGGCUGCUCCUGGGAGGCCUGGGCUGUUUUUUCUUACACAUAUUUUGUAAUACUGUAUACAACCGAAUCUAUCCUCCACGGCCCCAGGGCCUCACCAGUUUCGCUGAAAGCUCUCUUCCGUGGACUUUUAGUUUGAGCCCAGUAGGAAAGAGAACUGGGAAGGGAAGGAGCGCACCAUCCUCCCAGGCGCUCUGAGCUGGGCCAAGGUUUGUACCGACUGCACCAUGCAUGACACGAUGCCUGCAGGUCCCUUUAUGGUAGGUGGUAUGUGCACUGUGUGGGGGGGUUGAAGCAUUACCUGACAUUAAAUGAAGGAUUGGGACAA